GUUGGCAGAGAUCUUGAGCAUAUUGCGAGUUAUGCGUUGUAGCAACUGGAUUUUUGAUCCUUAAUCCCUUGGGGAUGAGUCUUCUUUUCUUACAGUGAGACAAGAAGUAUAUAUCACUGUGAAGCUGUAUUACAAGAUACUGCAACUACCGAUGAUUUUGCUUUUUGCAUCACUGGACUAAUACGGCUACUCCUAACUAAUCUACUAUGGAAGAUACCGCAUACAGCCGCUUAACAACGAAAAUCUUCAAGCUCACCAGAAAGGAAACACAGCUUCACAGUGAUAUAUACUUCUUGUCUCACUGUAAGAAAAGAAGACUCAUCCCCAAGGGAUUAAGGAUCAAAAAUCCAGUUGCUACAACGCAUAACUCGCAAUAUGCUCAAGAUCUCUGCCAACGCACCAGCGAAAAACUUAGGAACCAUCUUAUCCACCUUCUAUACAGGAAAAUACAAGACAUUCAAAAUACAAAAACAUCCCUACUUCAGUUUUUACAAGAACAGGAUCAACACAUGGCCAAACAAGUGGGAAUGGAUAUGCAAAACUUCCACAACCACCAAAUAAGAGAUCUUUUCAUGAAGAAAAAUAAGAAACUGGGCAAACUCUCCCAAAAUUUCUACAAGCACCAAACAGAGAGGAAUAUUAGGAUCACUGCAAACAAUAGAAGGACUGAAACAACCAAUGGUCCCACAACUACGCCUGACAUCAAUACAGACAACUCUGGAAUUAUAAACAUUUCAGAUUAUGAACUUUCCAAGCCUGAGAGAUCUGUUCUCUCUAAAGGACUCUCAUUCUGUCCAAGCACCAAACUAGAUGACAUUAAACUAUACUCAGACUUGGAAGAAUUCUUUAGAAGACUACGACUUAAAGAAUUCUUUCAUGACAAAGGGAACACAACCACUACCACCUUGGAUUACAACAUCAAGAAAAAGAAUUCCCACUUCACCCCAGCACCAGGACGUAACAGCAAACUGGACAGCUACAUUGCAAGCUUCAGACUAAGAACAGCAUCCUUAGUCACUAAACACCACCAUAAAACCUACUACAACCUCUCAGUAUUGGAAAGAGAGGCCAUCAAAAACUUAAGAAACAAUCAAGCCAUCACAAUCAAACCAGCAGACAAGGGAGGAGCAGUAGUGAUCAUGAACACCCAGGACUACAUCAAAGAGGGAAACCGACAAUUGUCAGACACUACAUACUACAAGAAACUGACAGAAGACCCCACCAAAGAAUUCACCAUGGAACUAAGAAAAUUGAUUCAAUCCUUCCCAAAGGACUCACAAAAAGGAUUAGAGACACUCAUACCCACCGAUCCCAAAACAGGGACAUUCUACAUGCUCCCAAAAAUCCACAAAUCUGGAAACCCUGGCAGACCAAUAAUAACAGGUAUGGACACACUAACUGAACAGAUAUCUGGUUUGAUAGAAAACACACUAAAACCCUUUGUUACACGCACCAGCAGCUUCAUACAGGACACCACUGACUUUCUUAACAAACUGAGUCAGAUUACGAACUUGCCUGCCAACUCCAUAUUGGUAACAAUGGACGUAGAAUCUCUGUAUAGUAACAUCCCACACAGAGAUGGAAUUGAGGCCUGCUCACUCUUCCUCUCCUCCCAGACUCACAACCAGAAAUACAGCCCUCAGAUCAUCACCAAACUUAUAGAAUUCAUUCUCACACACAACUACUUCAGCUUCAACAAUGAAAUAUACCUACAGACGAUGGGAACUGCUAUGGGGACCAAGAUGGCACCACAAUAUGCCAAUCUGUUCAUGGCUGACCUUGAAGAGCGAUUCCUGAAUACCCAAAUUCACAAACCCUACAGAUACUACAGAUACAUUGAUGAUAUUUUCAUUGUUUGGACUGAAGGAGAGGAUAAACUCAAACAAUUUCAUGAUGCCUUCAACACAUUUAAUCCAUCCAUCAAACUCAAAAUGGACUUCUCUACAGAAAGUGUAAACUUUCUGGACACCACUGUAACUAUAAACAAGGACACAAUACAGACAUCUGUAUACAGAAAGCCCACAGACCGAUCCAGCUAUCUACACAAUUCAAGUUCCCAUCCGUCCCACACCAAGAAAGGCAUAAUAUACAGCCAAGCCAUCAGGUACCACCGCAUCUGCUCCAACCCUGAUGACAGAGACACACAUCUACAAACGCUAGCUGAGAAAUUUAAACAAAAAGGUUACAAACCAAGGACCAUCCAUAAGAAAAUCCACUCUGCUCUUCAAACACCACGUGAACACCUGCUGCAAUACAGAGAGAAACAAACCUCAUCACGCAUACCACUGGUAGCCACAUACAAUCCCACCCUUGAGGAAAUACGCAAAAUCAUCAAAGACCUGCAGCCAAUACUAGCAGAAGAUGAGGUGUUAAAGCAAAUCUUUCCUGAACCACCCAUCUUGGCCUUCAGACAACCACCCAACUUAAAACAAAAACUGGUCAAUAGGAAACUACCCACAGACACAUCAGAUACAGACAAUGGGACCAAACCCUGCGCCAAACCGCGCUGUAAACUCUGUCAACACAUCUGCACAAAUUCUGAGGCCUCCCACAACAACAAGGCAUACAACAUCAAGGGGCAAUACUCCUGCACCACAGAGAAUGUAGUCUACAUGAUACAAUGCACCAAGUGUGACCUGGGAUGUUACAUUGGUGAGACCAGUCAGCCACUCAACAAAAGGAUGAACCUCCACAGAUCGUCCAUCAACAACCAUAGAGAAAAGGACUAUUGCACCCCAGUUGGACACCACUUCACUCAAACAGGUCACUCCCUACAGGACCUCAAAAUCAAGAUCCUGAAAGGAAACUUCAAGAACACCCAGGAAAGAAAGACAUUUGAAGCCAAAAUGAUAGUUCUUUAUGACUCCAAGAACAGAGGACUUAAUGUGGAUUUAAGCUUCUUAUCCCAUUAUCAAAAUUUCCUAUAACCUUUGCUAAACUCUCUACUCUCUCCCUGCUCUAACACCAUCACACCCCUG